GACAGUGGUGGUGAAGGUGGUGGUGACAGUGAUGAUGGUAGUGAUAGUGGUGAUGGUGAUGGGGUGGUAGUGGUGAUGGUGGUAGUGGUGGUGGUGGUGAUGGCAGUGAUGGGGUGGUGGUGGUGGUGGUGACGGUGGUAGUAGUGGUGGUGGUAGUGAUGGAGGUGGUAGUGAUGGUGGUGCUGGUGGUAGUGAUAGGGGUGGUAAUGACAGUGAUGGUGACAGUGGUGAUGGCAGUGGUGGUGAUGGUGAUGGCAGUGGUGGCAGUGGUGGUGAUGGUGAUAGCAGUGGUGGCAGUAGUGGUGAUAGUGAUGGCGGCAGUGGUAAUGGUGAUGGCAAUGGUGAUGGCAAUGGUGGUGAUGGUGAUCAUGAUGGCGGUGGUGGUGAUGGUGAUAGUGAUGGUGGUGGCAGUGGUGGUGGUGAUGGUGAUGGUCAUGGCAGUGGUGGUGAUGGUGAUGGUGAUGGCAGUGGUGGUGAUGUUGAUAGUGAUAGUGAUGGCAGUGGUGGUGAUGGUGAUAGUGAUAGUGAUGGCAGUGGUGGUGAUGGUGAUAGUGAUGGUGAUGGCAGUGGUGGUGACGGUGAUAGUGAUGGUGGUGGCAGUGGUGGCGAUAGUGAUGGUAAUGGCAAUGGUGGCAGUGGUGGUGAUAGUGAUGGUGAUGGCAGUGGUGGUGAUGGUGAUAAUGAUUGUCAUGGCAGCGGUGGUGGUGGCAGCAAGGAAAUCAUUCUCUGAUUACCUGACAUGGUUAAAAAUCUGAGAGCAAAGAUGAGCUAAGAAUGUCAUCAUACAAUGUAUAAAGAAGCUGAGCCUGAGAACCCUGAAAUGCAUGGCAUCCUCUAUGUGCAAACGUACGAGAGCUGAAAGUGACCAGUUACCUAUUCAUGGUUAUCAUCUGCAUGAUGAAGAAACAUUGCAACCUACAUUGUCUCCACUAGAGGGCUGGUUCACAGAUAAUGGCACCUGCAUGCCAUGGAUGCUACAUAUCAGUAUUCAACAGUGGAAGUCCACUCAGCAUUCAGGAGUAAGAGAUUUGGUAAGUGAUAGGAAAAACUUGCAGAACUACAAGAUUCCAUUUUUAUGUGUGCACCCAGAAAAGCAUCUCAACAGACAUUUACCCGAAUGUUCUUCACCAUGAUCAUUUUGGGGCUUUAGGACCCGAAGGAGGUGAUUCUGAUUUUGUAGCUUGUACCUUUCUGCACCACCCAGCGGUGCAGCGUUCUGCCUGCUUUCUUUUCUCCUGUGUGCUUUAAUUCUAGUUACAGGAAACAUGCGUAUGAAAAAGGCACGGAAGGGAAUGUAUGUUUCCUUUUUUGUCAGAAAAUAAAAUGACACGUUUCCAUUUUUGGAGAAGUUAAAACAGAUUUUAUCUCCUGCCACCAUUCUUGCCUUAUGACGACAAGAGGAGGACAGCGCCUCCAAGCGAAUGAGCACAUUAGUGAGUUAAAAGAAAUAUUUAUAAAUCUACAGCAUAGUCUUUGGCCUAGAAAGACGGUACUAAAGCAGGCAGAAGCCUUUUCAGGAACACAAAUAAAUACUAAAAAAAAAAAAAAAAAAAAAAAACCUUUUUUGUUCCCUUUAAGCCAGAAUGCCUCUCAACCUAGUCAACAAGCACACUGCAAACGUCUCGUUCCCACUAGGUGGCCACAGGUCACUGGGCGGGUGGAUCUUUGUGGGCAGAGGCAGGAGCGGAGGCUGCAGAGCAUGCUCCAAGCCCAUGUUCCGUGGCUCGGCCCAGGGGCUGCCGUGGCUCCAGGGCAGCGCCAGGCACGUCUUCUCCCCGAAGGCACAGAAGGCUCCAAAGUUGCCACCUCUUGCCAGAGUUGCUGGAAAUCCAAGGAUAGGUCUAUAUCAAAUCAACAGACAAACUUGACUUCUGGGUAAAGGCUAAAAUGAAUCAGCGGAGAAUUGACAAGGUUUUUUUCCCACUGACAAGUCUGUAAGAGUUGGGGGCUGCCCACCGCCCGGUCAGUCACGCUAUGCAGCUCUUAGGUUGAAUCCUGGGCUGCCCUGGCUACCAGGAUGCCUCAGGGAGGGGAGGAAGUGGGAGGAGCGGCCUGGGGCGAAUCCUCCCGAUAGGGGAAGCGGUGUGGAGCAAAUCUUCCCGCCAAGCGUGCGAGCUCUUUGUCCCCACCUGGGGGAGCCACCUCCUCCUACCAGGGGCGCCGACGAAACCCCUUCCUAAAAGUAAGACUCAGCAGGGACGGUUCCAAGGCCUGCAGCGUCAGGUGGAUCACACAGGAGCUUCCUCUAUCCUGUGAGGCUCUGGGGGUCCUUGUCCGGGUGACGUGGUCAGAGUGGACUGUUGGCCACCAGCAACAGGGCUGCCUGGGAUGGCCAGGGGCAGAGCUGCUCCCAUGUGGCACCCUACCCCAAGUCCUGGGUGUCCCGGCUCACACCCGUCUCUGGCCUACCCCAAGUCCUGGGUGUCCGGGCUCACAC